CUUUGACCUCCGUACCUUACCUCACAUCCUCUUCAUCGCAGCUUUUUUCGAGCAGCAAGCAGGUGAAACGCAGCACAAGCAUGUCAUCGACAUCGCUGCGCCCAUCAAACGUGAAUUCGCUCGCUGGCACGCCGUCGGGCAGCGCAGUAGCUGGUCCAUCACGGUUGCCAUCCUCUUCCCCAUCGCCCGCUGUCAAUAUGGAUCCCUCUCACCUCUCCGAGCGAAUCUUCUCUGCCGCUCUUCCAGUCGUCAUAUCCAUUGCUUCGGAUGAAGUUCUUCCAUCCUCAUUAUCAGAAGGCGCCCCAGCGGACCUGACGUACUACACCACCCUUCGACGGACGGGCUACCUUUCUCUGCACCUACAAGAGAUCAAGGAGAAUCUGAUAGAUCUCGUCCUCCCGCCUUCCUCAUCGACGUACAAACCAGAAGAUCUUUGGCUGUCCUCCGGCUCGACACCGCUCAAAUGGCACUGGCCCAUCGGCCUGCUCUACGACUUGACGACACUGAACGUGUGCUCCCCUGCCAAAGCCCUCACGCCUUGCGACCCCUGGAGAUUGACAUUGCACCUUCGUAAUCCCCCGCACGCAAAGCUUCCUUGGCCUACAAUUGCUCCUGCAUCGUCCUACUCUACCUCAGCGGUAGGCAUUCACGACGCUUUGGUAGAGGCAACCAAGCAAGCAUACAUGUCCCAGCUCAAGGAGGCGGACUUCAUCCGUAACGGGAACACCAAGAAGGUCAACAGUCUGAGGAAACAGGAACUAGAUGCUGUCUGGGAAGCGCUCGUUGCUGGAGAGUAUGAAAAAUGGAUGGGAGUGGUGGGCAGACUGUUGCCUGCUCAGGGGUCUUGGCCGGAUGAAGGAGUUGGGGCGAGGCCCGCAUUAGCGCACCUGCAAUCAACGACGUCGAGUAUUCCGAAUCGAAGCAGCUCCCUUCAUCCUGCAUCGUCCUCGACGGAUGACCAUCUCGAGGGCGCAGAUGACAGCGCAGUGCCAUCCGCUUCUGGACCAGGCACCUUCAGCAAGAGCAACUCUGGCGCCUACACCAGCCUGCCAGGGUUGAAGGCCAUCCCGGUCAAGAUUGUAUUGCAAGGAGGGACAGUAAUACAGGAGGGGGUGCCGCCGCUCGUCGUGCUAGGGGGUGCGGGCAGCAAUGGCGGUGGACAAGCGGAUGGCAAUGGCAACGGGAACGGUUCAAAUAGCGCGACAAGAUCCCUCACGGUAGGUGAAGCCUUGCACGUCCUCCUGCCGGCCCUAUUCCCCGCCUCUUCCACUCCAACUAUCGAGCCAUCACAAGCAUCGGGGGCCGAUCCAAGCUCACUCGGCAUCGACUUCUCUGGCUUUGACAGCACCGAAGGCAAGGCUCUCCCGGACCCGCCGGCUCCUCCGCCACCCAUGGCAGUUCCCAUUGUGCAAGGGGUGCGCAUACCUCUCGAGAGCAGCAUGCCGUGGUUAUGUAGGGUGAUGAGUGGAGGUGAAGGGUGGUUGACAAUCGUCGUGCUGCUGCUGCCGAUCGGCGUGUCAUAGAGAUUCUGGGGAAUGAGAGAGGUGCAAUGACGAAGCUGAAAGAUGAUAGACCGUAUCGAGCUCACAAGUCGUAUGAGAGCCCCUUCAUUGCCGUUCAAAGUAAUUUGCGCUCAAUUUCCAUCAGAUUGUGAGACAAU